CUUUCUCUAAAACCCCACUCUAUCUUUAAAAGGGAGCGUGCCAUACGUGCGUGCGUGCGUGUGUCUCGGCCCCGCCCACAUUCGUCUCCUUCGUGACGUCUCAGUCAGAAUGUCGCCAAAAGGCUUUAGUUGUAGAAAUGGCAGCGCUGAGGCAGGAGCAUCGGUAUGGACUCUCCUGCGGCAAAAUCAACAAAAACACCCCGAACCGAACACUUUAUCACGUCAAACUCACUGACACCGCCAUCCGAACCCUCGAAGCCUACCAGAACUUAAAGGCAUCACUAACAAAUCAACCGGCAAUUUGCUUCAAGGGAAACCAAGGGUAUGUAAAGAUCCCAGCUCCGAGUCCAGAAUCUCCAGAUGGAUUCAGAGUCUUCUCCUUCUACUUAUCCAGUGACAGCAAAGACAAGCCUCAGUCCAGCUUUGACUGCAUUCACCAGUAUGUCUCAGGGGAGGGCAGGGAUCACCUGGAGGGCCAGGGCAGCAUACAGGAUAAGAUCACAGUUUGUGCUACAGACGACUCCUACCAGACGACCCGGGAACGCAUGUCUCAGGUGGAGAAGGACAUCUGGAGCCGCACAGCAAUUGAGAUCAAGCCAGGGCCAAGCAGGUGUGUCAAAGUCCAGAGGAAGCAUGGGCUGAUGUCAGGACCAGAUAUCAGCAGUAAGCACUCCCCCAACAACAAGAGGGGCCUGCUCCCGAGCCCUGUGGCACACCGACCCCUGAAGGAGCGCAUCAUUCAUCUCCUAGCCUUGAAGCCCUACAGAAAACCUGAAGUACUACUCUGGUUAGAGAGGGAGCGGGCUAGCCUAAAGGACAAGGCUGAGCUGAUGCCAGUACUGGAAGAGGUUGGUAAACUGAAUCCUAAAGACCAAAGCUAUUCUCUAAAGGAUGAGUUCUACAGAUGUGUCCAGAAAGAUUGGGCUGGUUACCUGGAAGAGGAGAAGCAGCUCAUUCACAGACUCCUGAUCAGGAAACUUCAGCCGUCGCACAGUAACCAGCUGAGGAGUCCCCAGUCCAACCAUUCAUUCCACAAAUCUCCCGGGGACUCUCCGUUGCACCUCAGUCCUGCCAAAAACCUCUCCGUGAAACGCCCUCUGACCUUGGAGACGUCCAACAUCCAAUCCCCGAAAAGACAAAAGCUGUCAGAGCAGUGUCAGCCCCUGAACUCGCCUUCCCACACGGACUGCGGCCUCGACAGGUCUCGCAGCUCCUCCACUCAAGCAAACUCUAACGCACAGAUCAAAGCCGGACUCGACAAAACCAACAAUCAUCUCAUGGGGAUCCCCGAUGAUCUGUACUCGCCGCAAAAACUCACUCAGUCGCCCACCGUCUCUAAACUGGAGAGGACUGAGGCAGCUCCUCCUGCACCCAGCCCCAAGCCCCAACUAAAUGACAGCUCUAUCUGCACGGACCAGCAGUUAGCAAACGGCCAGCAUAAAAAGAAAAGGUCCAAAAAACACAAAGACAAGGAGCGGGAGCGUCUAAAACCAGGGUGGAUAGAGACGAGUCCAGACCUUAAGCAGAAUCAAGAAAACCUUAAAGACCACCAGAGGGAGAAAACACCUGUUAAUGGAACUUCAGCAGAAGAAGUGCCUGAUUAUUUAAUAAAAUAUAGCAGCAUAACCUCACUGGAUCUGCGUCAACAGUACAGCAGCGACUUCUGCGCAGAGUAUGACGAAUACAGAGCCCUUCAUGAUAGGAUUGGAGCCAUCACAGAGAUGUUUGUUCAGUUGGGCUCAAAGAUCAACACCCUCUCCCCGGGAACGCAAGAGUACAAGCUCAUGGAGGAGCAAAUUUUACAAAAGUAUCAGAAGUUUAAGAAGAAGUUUCCUGGGUACCAGGAAGAAAAGAAGCGAUGCGAGUAUCUCCAUAAGAAGCUGUCUCACAUCAAAGGUCUGAUCGCAGAGUAUGACCAAGCACAGGGACUGUCCUAGGAGCCGGCCUCUAACUUUUUUUUAGCUGGGUGAAACACAACUGGACCAAAAGACUCCAAAUGGACCCAAGGACUGCUUAAUUGGGUCCAGAAGUCACUGAGACACUAUUCACAUCACUUCUCAGAGUGUUAAUGGAAUUGAGAAGUGUGGGUUUUGUUUUGUUUUCCUUCUUUUUUCAGAAGUGGGCUGAGACCGCCAACUUGUGAUCAAAUGUUACCGUGUGAGAUUCUGGCUUUCAGCUCUGAUCAUAGCUAGAUUCUGUUCUGCUGUAAAACGCUGAGGCGGCAAAUGCCAACAGAUGAGAUCCUUCCUGCCUAACUGCAUCCUUUAACUAUAUCUUAUGAGAAAUUUAAAGUAUUAAUUAUGAAAAAUUGAAGUGGUGGUACAAUCAAUCAUAAGGGUAUGAAAAAUCUUUAUAUUUAAAUGCAACAGCAAAAAAAAAAAGAGUUUAUUCACUUUUGCGUACAGCACGCUCUGAUGCAUCAGUUCUUCUUUUCCUAUGGUAAGAUUAGCUCUUAUUUAUUUUAACAGUGUUACGUCUUUCAAACCAGAUCCAAAUGGACGAAACUCUUCAUGUGUUCACGUUGAUUAAACGUACAUUUAAGACGCCCACAAUCCUUCGGAACUUGUGACUCGGGCGCGUGGCUUUGUGGGGAAGUCGGAGUCUGAAGGUAGAUCAGUGGUCUUUGAUUGAAUCCCUGAGUUUCCCCGUUUAUGUCCUAUUUCAUUUCCACACCGUCGGUUCACCACAAAACCACUUUUCCUGGUCCAGCGAUGCUGAUGUUUGUGCACACUUUGCAUCACUUUUACCCAAGUGUAGCCUACAGAACCAUGAACUGCCUUCUCUCAACUCGUCUCUAAAGCCUUUAGCUCUCAUGUUUACUAAUAACGGCACUUCUGCCGCCUUUUUCUUUCUUUUUUUUAGUAAACUAUCGAUUUUAAAAGUUGCUAUUUGAAAGGAAAAAUAGUGUACAGGGUAUUUAUUUUUAAAAAUCAAGUGUUUUUCCUAUUAGAUUUGUUAAACUCUGGUUGAAGUGGCUACUGCUUUUUAUCAUGGAUUUGGUUGGAGAUCAUAAAUUUUCAUAUUUUUUGGGGGUGAAUGCGACAAAAACAAAUGCCUUUCACAAUUGUGUUUUAUAAAGUCCAGCAGGGAGCGUGAGGACUGGUAGAGCUCAUUCAUGUCAGACCGCUUUGUCACCGUGAAGGAAGGAGCAGUGUGACCUCAGGAGUGGAACAUCUGAUUAACCAGACCCUCCAUGUUUAUUUCCCCUUUCUUUAGCUGUGACCAUGAUGUAGAAAAAUCCAUUUAUUGUAGCAGAAUUGCCGACUACUGUCUUACUGAUGGCCUAAUAUGAGAGAAUGAAGUGAUUACUGUAUGUCACACAUUUCCAUGAAUCUGCUGUUCCCGUUCCUAAAUUCUCCUGGUUUAGUCCAUUUAAAAACACUUUUCGAUCAUUUUGUUUUUAUUUUGAAGGACAGUUCAGUUACUGAGUAGUAAUGCAACAAUAGACGCAUCUGUCUUAAUUUUUGUAUUUUAUUUUAUGUGUCUUAAUCCUUUUACCUGUAGUUUUGUGCUUUUGUUUGUCAUCAUCUCCUGAAAUUCAAUUAACUGUUCGUUUCUGUCCAGACCUCCUAUCAAAUCCUGGCAGGAAUCCAUUCAAAAUUAGCUUUAUUCAUUCCAGCCUUGGAACGACAACCCAAAAACCUUUGUCGGCUCAUAUCCAGCCACUCUUCAGAUUAACACUAAAUACUAUUGUUGGUACUCGGGUGUGUUUCAAGGUUUAGACAGGAACGCGUUUGUUUGAGCUCAUGUGACGGUGACUGGCACUGAUCCCAAAAAUAAAAAAGAGAGACAUAUUUUAGGAUGUUUUAAGUGUUAGAUGUUGCCAAAGUACAACGAAAA